CAAUAGGAUAAUGGGUGGGUAACAGUACAGAAGCUGCAGAGAGGUGUGUUAAACUACGGCUCUGCUUCCUGGUCUGCCCUCAUCAUCCUGUCGGGAGACUUCAACCAUGUCACCAUGAACAAAGUCCUGCUUCAAACAGUAUGUCUGCCCUACGAGAGGACCCUGGACCUGAUGUAUUUUAACAUUAAGGAUGCAUACAUCUCCUCUUCUCUCCCACCUCUGGGCAGGUUAGAUCACAACCUGGUUCACCUCAGACCCUACUAUGUGCCUCUGGUGAAGAGGACUGUGAGGAGGUGGUCGGAGGAGGCUUAUGAGACACUGCAGGCCUGCUUUGAAGUGACUGACUGGCCUGCACUCCGUGAGCCCCACAGGGAGGACAUUCAUGGGCUCACAGAGUGCAUCACGGACUACAUCAACUUCUGUGUGGACUGCAAUGUCCCAGCUCAGACUGUCACCUGUUACGCCAACAACAAACCAUGUAUCACCAAGGACAUUAAGGCCAUCUUGAAUGAGAAGAAGAGGGCGUUCAGAGAUGGCAACAGUGAUGAGGUGCGAAGAGUGCAGAGGGUACUCAAGCGUAAAAUUAGGGAGGCUAAAGACAAGUACAAGAGAAAGCUGGAUAAUAAACCCCAAAGAAACAACAUGAGGAAUGUGUGGAGUGGCAUGAGAACCAUCACCGGGUUCCAGAAGAGUGGUGGCAUGGGGUUGGAAGGUCGCGUGGACCGGGCCAAUGAAUUGAACCUAUUUUUUAAUAGGUUUGAUACUGCAGCCCACCCCCAACAAAUCUCUGCUCCUGGCUUCCCAACAACUACCACUCCACCUUCCCCCACCUCUCCUCCUUACAGAGCCCCUGUCUGCUCCUCACCACCUCAAUUCACCCCACCUACUCCCCCCCGCCCCCCUGCUAUACAUCAUGUCCUCCACACCUCAGGGGACUGUCCUCUCUCCCUUCCUCUUCACCCCCUUCACCUCAGACUUCAACUAUUGCACUGAGCCCUGCCACCUUCAGAAGUUUUCUGAUGACUCAGCAAUAUUUGACUGCAUUGAAAUGGGUGAUGAGAGUGACUGUGGUGGGCAACUUUGUCACUUGGAGUGAGCUGAAUCAUCUGCAGCUCACAGUGACAAAGAUUAAGGAGCUAAUAGUGGAUCUGAGCAGUGUUCCCUCUAAGCUGCACGCGUGCGCAAUCGCACACGGCAUCUGGGUUCACCGCGCACAGCAAAUCUAUGCUGCGCAGAAAAUAAAAUCCAAGCUGAACUCUAAACAAAAUAAUAAUAAACCAAGUUAUUUUUUACCAUUUUGCAACUCUGAUGAAAUGGUGUUCCACGGUCCUGCUCCGUGAGCGGCAGGUGCUGAUCAGAGCGCACUGCUGAUUGAUGGGUUGGGCAGACGUUUUUAUAGUUGGGCAAGUUGCGCUGUGCGUCUUUGUUCUGGACUCCGUUAAAGAAAAAAUUACCGAGCUUACGCUGAUUAGAAAGCUGCUGCUCUGAGUAGUUCCUUCCUCCCUCUGUCAUACUCGGGUUUUCGGUUUCAGAACAGGUGAUAUCAGCCAGGUAACUAAACUCAGUGUCCAACCAACCAUGACUUCAACGCGAGCACAAGCAUGAAAGAAGCCCUGAUCAAUGGAACGCAGAUAACGUGCUUCACCAUGGCAACAACGGGAAAUAAGCCUUAAAGUGCCCAUUUCCCGCGAGUGGAAUUAGAAAAUUUUAAUGAAGGCAUAUGGAGAAUAUUAACCAUAAGAAAUAAUGCUGUUGCUGCUGAAAAGGUGAGUUGGCUUGAUAUAGUUAUUUGAUGGAUAAUUAAAGCUGUUUUUUCACACUUGACUAAUUCAACACAAAAGGGGGAAGUGGGGAGGGCGCAUUGAUUACAAAAAGCAUUGAAAGGACACGGCAGCCAAUCUUGAUGAAGUUUAAUCAGGUUCUAAGUUUUCCUAUGUUUAAACAUACACUCAACUAAAUCAUUAAUUGUCUAUAUUCAACAUAUGCAAUUAAUAUUGGGAUGGUGUGAGUUAUUGAAAAACUGAUAUGUUCAUCUUUUUGGAAGCAUUGGUCACCCAUCCUUCUAAAAAUUAGUUGACAUUAAUUGUCUUGUAAGUGUUUAAUUUGUUCCAACCUCACUUUAUAUUAAUCAUAUAUAUUAAUAUAAAUUAAUGUAUAUUUCCAGCUGAAGUAAAGGUAGUGUUAUUAACGUGAAGAAAUGUGCAGUAGCCCUAACAGUGUUGGGGGAAAAAUAGGUGAAUGAAAACUAGAAUAUAUGAAUAGAAAAGUAGAAAUGGAAGUGCCAAAAUUUGACACAGAAUAAAUUAUUGCUUUCAUUCUAUAAAGUUCUGUUAUUAAUCUUGUGGGUCUCUUACUAUGGAACACCUUUAAACUAUAACUGAGUGCAGCAGUAACAUUUCUGAAGGCACAACAUACAGUUGCCUCUGAAAGAUUUUCUGCAUCUCCUAUGUUAUUAAAAAGCUGUUGUUGGUAUAUAAAAAAAGGAGCAGCACAAAGAAAUUGUUAAGAACUGAGAGCGUUCCCUCGUUGUGUCAGAAAAGCGAUGUGCAGCUGAGAAUAUUGAAAUAAAUCAUCUGAGGACCCCAAAGUGCUUUACAUUGGUCAAUCAUUCACCUAUUCACACCCUGACGGUGGUGAGCUAUGUUAGUAGCCACAGCUGCCCUGGAGCAGACUGAUAGAAGAGAGGCUGCACAACACCACAUGCUUGAGCUAAAUCUCACUGCAGAAAAUGUAAAUAAUUUAAUGGAAAUAAGAGUGGAACUCUGAAAGAUGUACACAUCUCUCAGUUGUUCCUUAGUAGGACCCCUACUCUGAAAUAAAAAUAAGCUAUACAGCUCUUUAAAAAAAUCCAAGAAUUUUGUCUUUUUCAUGUAAU